GCAAAAUGCUGAGGUCAUUGACCUGCUUAGAGAGAAGCAGUGGAUCUGCGCCUGGAUUUCAGAGUCCCAGCCCUGGCACAGCUCUGAGAAUUCCCGUGCGCCCUGAGGAGCCGGUGAGGAACGAGAGCAUGUCUGCUUUCAGGUUGUGGUCUGGGCUGCUCGUCCUGCUGGGUUCUCUCUGUCCUAGAGGCUCAGCAUGUGGCAUUUCAACACACGUUGAAAUAGGACACAGAGCCCUGGAGUUUCUCCAUCUUCAAGAUGGGCAUGUUAACUACAAAGAGCUGUUACUAGAACACCAGGAUGCAUAUCAGGCUGGAGCUGUGUUUCCUGAUUGUUUUUACCCUAGCAUCUGCAAAGGAGGAAAAUUCCAUGAUGUGUCUGAGAGCACUCACUGGACUCCGUUUCUUAAUGCAAGCAUUCAUUACAUCCGAGAGAACUAUCCUCUUCCCUGGGAGAAGGACACAGAGAAAUUGGUAGCUUUCUUGUUUGGAAUUACCUCUCACAUGGUGGCAGAUGUCAGCUGGCACAGCUUGGGCAUUGAGCAAGGAUUCCUUAGGACAAUGGGAGCUAUUGAUUUUCACAACUCUUAUUCUGAGGCUCAUUCGGCUGGUGACUUUGGAGGAGAUGUGUUGAGCCAGUUUGAAUUUAAUUUUAAUUACCUCGCACGGCGCUGGUAUGUGCCUGUCAAAGAUCUAUUGGGAAUUUAUGAUAAACUUUAUGGUCGAAAAGUCAUCACCAAAAAUGUAAUUGUUGAUUGUUCACACCUUCAGUUCUUGGAAAUGUAUGGCGAAAUGUUGGCUGUUUCCAAGCUUUAUCCUACUUACUCUACCAAGUCCCCGUUUUUGGUAGAACAAUUCCAAGAGUAUUUCCUUGGAGGACUGGAUGAUAUGGCGUUUUGGUCCACUAACAUUUACCGUCUAACAAGCUUCAUGUUAGAGAAUGGGACCAGUGACUGCAACCUACCUGAGAACCCUCUGUUCAUUGCAUGCGGUGGCCAGCAAAACAAUACCCAGGGCAGCUCAAAAGUGCAGAAGAAUGAUUUUCACAGAAAUGUGACUGCAUCCCUAACUAAAAAUAUUGAAAGAAGCAUACACUAUACUGAAAGAGGAGUGUACUUUAGUGUGGAUUCCUGGACCCCGGAUUCCAUAUCCUUUAUGUACCAGGCUUUGGAAAGGAACUUAAGGACAAUGUUCACAGGUGGCUCUCAGGGGUCGCGGAAGCAUGUCUCCAGUCCCUUAGCGUCUUACUUCUUGUCAUUUCCCUAUGCACGGCUUGGGUGGGCAAUGACCUCGGCUGACCUCAACCAGGAUGGGCACGGUGACCUUGUGGUGGGCGCACCAGGCUACAGCCACCCUGGCCACGUGCAGGUGGGGCGUGUGUACCUCAUCUACGGCAAUGACCUGGGCCUGCCCCCCGUCGACCUGGACCUAGACAAGGAGGCCCACGGGAUCCUCGAGGGCUUCCAGCCCUCAGGUCGGUUUGGCUCAGCCUUGGCCGUGCUGGACUUUAACAAGGAUGGUGUUCCCGACCUGGCCGUGGGAGCCCCCUCGGUGGACUCCGAGCGUCUCACGUACAAGGGUGCAGUGUACGUCUACUUUGGCUCCAAACAAAGAAGAAUGUCUUCUCCCCCUAACAUCACCAUCUCUUGCCAGGCCGUCUACUGUAACCUGGGCUGGACGCUCUUGGCUGCCGACGUGAACGGAGACAGCGAGCCGGAUCUGGUGAUUGGCUCCCCUUUUGCACCAGGUGGAGGGAAGCAGAAGGGAAUUGUGGCUGCAUUUUAUUCUGACCCCGGCCGGAGCGACAAAGAAAAGCUGAACGUGGGGGCAGCCGACUGGACGGUGAGCGGUGAGGAGGACUACGCCUGGUUUGGAUACUCCCUUCACAGCGUCGGUGUGGACAACAGGACCUUGCUGGUGGUCGGGAGCCCGACCUGGAAGAAUGCCAGCAGGCCGGGCCAUUUGUACCACAGCCGUGAUGAGAAAAAGAGCCUUGGCAGGGUGUAUGGCUACUUCCCCCCAAACUGCCAGAGCUGGUUCACCAUUUCCGGAGACAAGGCCAUGGGGAAACUGGGCACCUCCCUGUCCAGUGGCCGUGUCAUGGUGAAUGGGACGCUGACGCAAGUGCUGCUGGUCGGGGCCCCGACUCACGAUGACGUGUCUAAAAUGGCAUUCCUGACCAUGACCUUGCAUCAAGGUGGAACAACUCGGAUGUAUGCGCUCACACCAGACACACAGCCCCUGCUGCUCAGCACCUUCAGUGGAGACCGCCGCUUCUCGCGAUUUGGUGGAGUUCUGCACUUGAGUGACCUGGAUAAUGAUGGCUUAGAUGAAAUCAUCAUGGCAGCCCCGCUGAGGAUUUCAGAUGUAACCUCUGGACUGAUUGGGGGAGAAGAUGGCCGAGUUUAUGUAUAUAAUGGCACACAGGCCACCCUUGGUGACAUGACAGGCAAAUGUAAAUCAUGGAUAACUCCAUGUCCAGAAGAAAAGGCAGAAUACGUGUUGAUUUCUCCAGAAGCAAGCUCAAGGUUUGGGAGCUCUCUGGUCACCGUGAGGUCCAAGGAAAAGAACCAAGUUGUUGUUGCUGCUGGAAGGAGUUCUUUGGGAGCCCGACUGUCUGGGGCACUUCAUGUCUAUAGCCUCGGCUCAGAUUAAAAGUUUCACUCCA